AUGUCCGCCUGUGUCUGCUCGGGCAUUACUAGAUGGACUGGGACGGUGGGGCGGUACGAAGUCUGGGUGAGAUGCAAAUUUUGUGGUUCUUGGUCGCCGCCAGGGAUGGGGGCUGCCCAAUUUAAGCUCCAUAACUCAGACCGCAGCGUGAAAGAAAUUAGUUCAGACGAGGGAGUGGCUCCUCUUUCUUAUCCAACGUAAGAAUCACAGAUUUGA